AUGUUUCAUUUCUACACUCUUUUCACCAGGUAUUCAAUUGACUAUGGCAUGUUCCGCUUCUGUAUUGCUGACACUGAACAUGAUUGGAGAGAAGGCACAGAACAAUACAAGUUCAUUGAGCAUUGUUUGGCUUCAGUUGACAGACAAAAACAGCCAUGGCUAAUUUUCCUUGCACAUAGGGUACUUGGAUACUCCUCUUGUAUCUGUUAUGCAGAAGAGGGAUCAUUUGCUGAACCAAUGGGGAGAGAGAACCUUCAGAAGCUUUGGCAGAAAUACAAGGUGGACAUUGCCAUAUAUGGGCAUGUGCACAAUUAUGAGAGGACAUGCCCCAUAUAUCAGGUUUCUUCAACCUUAUGCUAUCCUCCAUUCAAAGUUUGCUGA